AUGCUUUCAAAUAAAUCAGAAAGUGUUAAAGUAUUAAUACGUUGUCGUCCAUUUAAUCAGACAGAAAUCAUAAAUCAUUCAAUAAAAUGUAUUGAUAUUCAACAAUUAGAUAAUAAAAAUCGUCAAUGUACUAUUAAAUUGAUCAGUCCGAAAAGAUAUCGUAGAAGAAUAUCACGUUUAUUUCGAUUUGAUUCGUUUUAUGAUGAAAAUCAUCCUACAGAACAUAUAUUUCAGGAUUUUAUUCAAUCAUUAGUGUCUGAUGUGACAUUAAACGGUUAUUCCGGUACUGUUUUUGCUUAUGGACAGACUGGAUCUGGUAAAUCAUGGACAAUGGCUGGUUGUCAAUGUCAAUCAGAAAAUGGAUUAAUUUCAAUUGCUAUUGAAAAUGUAUUUAAUCUUAUUCAUCAAUCAAAUUAUGAACACGAAUUUACAAUAAAAUGUGCUUAUCUUGAAAUUUAUAAUGAAGAAUUACAUGAUUUACUUUUACCGCGUAAUUCAUCAAAAUUAUCUUCACGUCUUGAACUACGCGAAAAUCCUCGUUCAUCAGGUGUACAUAUAACAAAUCUAACAUGGAAAAAUGUUUAUUCAAUCGAUGAAUGUUUAAAAUUUAAACGUUUCGGUGAUUUAGCAAGAACCAUGGGUUCAACACAAAUGAACCGAGAUUCAUCGAGAUCACAUACAAUGUUUUCACUUUCAAUUCAAUAUCAAAAUAAUAGUGAAACAAAACUUUUUCGUCAAGGAAAAUUAAAUUUUGUUGAUCUUGCUGGUAGUGAACGUCAAAUAAAAACUGGUGCUAGUGGUCAACAAUUACUUGAAUCAGCAAAAAUUAACUUAUCUUUAUCAGCACUAAACAAAGUUAUAUCAUCAUUGGUACAAACAAAUACAACACAUAUACCAUAUCGAGACUCGAAAUUAACACGUCUUUUACAAGAUAGUAUUGGUGGAACUACUAAAACAAUCAUGAUUGCAUGUAUAUCACCUUCUGAAGAUAACUAUGAUGAAACAUUAUGUACACUACGUUAUGCAUCUCGUACAAAAAAUAUUCGUAAUACACCUAUAAUUAAUGAGAAUUCAUCAUAUGUACUUCUUCAGCAAUAUGCUGAAGAAAUACAACGAUUACGUGCAAUUAUUAAUUCUUCAAAUAUCCACAUGCAUUCUUUAUCACGCUCAGUAGGGUUAAAUGAAACGAAAUUCGAUGAUCAACAUUCACUAAAAACUAUAUGUGAUCGUCAAAUAUCAUCUGAAAAUUCACCGGCGACAAUGGCAAAAUGUCAACGUUCCGUCAGUUGUCAGACAAUGUCAAUUCUAACUGCCACUGUUAUCUCGUCUACACAAACAACAUACGAUAUUCACGAUAAAGACUCAAAACAAAUAAUUAUUCUGUUCGAUGAAAACCAACAAAGUUAUGAAUUUAUUGCUUGGCAUAGUUGCCAACUUUCGCCUAAAUCUUAUCAAAAAUUGAUAAUACUUGUCAAAGAAAAUAAAAAUGAAAAUAGUUGGUUAGGCACAUUGAUAGCUAACACAAACGAAAAGCAAUCAUUAAUAUGGAAAAAUCAUCUAUAUCAUCGUCAACAUCAAUUACAAUUAUCGAAACAAACAGAUUCUAUAAUAACUCAUUUUGCAAUAGAAGAAACUAUUGAUUCAAGAUCUUCAUCACCAACACUUUCAUUGAUUCUCUAUACAUCAUCGAAUUAUAUUAUUCUUAAUAAUAAUAUAUUCUUAUCUUUAUCCUAUAAAAAUCUACCGAUUAAUAAUCAUUUUAUAACGUUAAAAGAGCAGACUGGUAGUAUUUAUUAUCUUUCGGAUAUGCUAUAUUCGCUAUCGAAAAAUGAAUUAUUAGUUUUUAAACUUGAUCAAAAUUAUCAUUAUCGUUUACAUCAUAUCAUAUUAAAUGAAAAAUUUUCACUUGAAAAUAAUGAACAAGUAGAUGUUGAACAUUGUUGUUGUUGUUUAAAUAGUGAAAAUGAAGUAUUAAAAACUAAAUUUAUAUCGAGUUCACAUUUUCUAUCAUUCAUUAAUAUGUCAUGUGAAAUCGAAGAAGAACAAGAAGAAAAUAAAGCGAAUAUGCACUUGAUCAAUGUCGACAAUAAUAUUCUAUGUUUCGAAUAA